CUUAUUCUUUGUCUGAUCACUUGGAAAACUGUCCUGGAUGUUCCCUUCUUUGGUACUGCAGUCCAAGCUGUAAGGAAAUGGAUCUUGAUGUACAUAGAACUGAAUGUCUUUGCUAUCAGAACCAAGGUGAUCCAGUGUUGCCACCAUCAGACAUCAGAAUGGUAUUGCGACUGGUUAUCCGAUGGCAGAACAAAGACUAUUGUAAAGAAUUUGUUGAAGACCCAAUGUGGAAAAGACAGUUCCUUGAAUUAAUGUCACAUUAUCAGGAAUUGAAACAAAGUGGUGUCAAAUUCAAUUUAACUUAUUUCCAUGAUGUGGUUGGAAAGACUCUUGAGUUACCCUCGGAUGAAACUAUAUUUGAAAUGUAUGGAAAAAUGCUUAUUAACUGUUUUGCAAUUCCUGAUGAAGAUUAUACCCUCUCUAUUGGAACUGGAAUUUAUCUGAGUUCCUCCAAGAUUGACCACAGUUGUGUUCCCAAUGCUGUUAUGACUUAUAAUGGUACAGAACAGUUUCUGAAAGCUCUAGAAUAUAUUCCUGAACCUGAACCAAACAAGAUUUUCAUUAGUUACAUCAACACUGACAGACCAAGUUGGAUCCGUAAAGAUUUCUUGCGAAACAACUAUUACUUUGACUGUUCUUGUGCUAAUUGUAAAGAAACCGAAUGUCUUGAUCGCAAACAGACCAGUGUCCAUUGUCCAAAUGUUCAGUGUUCUGGUUUCAUUGGAAUCAGCUCUAAUGAUGGAAAGGAAUUCUUCAUGUUACCAUGUUCUGUCUGUGGUUUAAGAGAAGACAGCUCUGAAAUUUUAGAAGAAACCAAAACACUGUGGAGUUUUGGGAUUGAAAAGAUACAAGAACUUCGUGAACUUGAUAAAUGUAAAGAUUAUGAAAACGAGUUGCAGCUAGCAGAAGAAACACUUACCAUUCUCAAAGAGACCAGAAUUCACGAAACUAACUUGAUUUAUGUUGAAGUAAUGGAACUUGCUAAAGAAGCUUGUAUUGAAUUGAGACUUUGGUCAAAGGCAGCAUAUUAUGGCAACAAAGUUUGGCCGCAGAGAAUGCAAUAUUUUGAACAUUCUGACUUCAGAGUUGGUUUAUUGCUGUAUGAAUUAGGGAAGUUGUAUCUGAACGCCAUGGAAAUUGAAAAUGCCAGAGAAAUAUUUAGAAAGGCCAGCACCAUUCUAGGAACGUAUCAUGACAAGAAUGACUUUAUAUUUAAACAACAACAAAUUCUUCAACAAUAUUGCGACACAUUUGAUUCUAAUUUACAACUUUCCUUGGAAAAUGCAGCACCAACUCCCUGCACACCUGACCACAAAUCUCUUAAGAGUCAUUAGGUAAAGUAAAAUAAAAUUUGAGAAUAAAUCAAAUAAAGAUCAAUGAGAUCAUUACAAGAAAAAGAAAAAGUUUAUGAUGUGAAGUUUUUGUUUU